UCACAGUGUUCCUCCCCCAUCCAUCCGGCUGUCUCUUUAAGGCUCCGACACCGUGUCUCUGACUAAUUCACUGCUCCCUCAGUGCGGACGAACCCGUGUGAAACCGAUCUGCGCUCCUCCUGCGCUCUGUGUGGACGCCGCUUCUGCGCUCCUCACCUCUCCGCUCCGCUCUCGCGCACAUGGAGACACCUUCAGCGAGGAGAUAACGCCGUGAUCGCGAGCGGGCAUUUAACGGCACUCGUUUCCAAUGACACAUAAAUAACAGUGGAGUUAUGAUCUGAAAGGUCGUGGGGGGGAAGAGCCGGCAGAUGCUAAUAUAAGGAGAAGGAGCGGCGGAGCAGCGCAGAGCGAGGAGCGACGACAUCGCGGCGAUACGACUCGAGGGAAGCGGCUCGCAAAGCGGAACAGCGGUCAGAAUCGGGACGGUGAGCGCGCGAGCGGGCAGCGCAGGCUGAACAAAGAGAGCCGAUGUCGUCCGAGAAGCACGGAGGGUACCCAGGUGUGGAAGAGGCGGCGCGCCAGCCCAUCGCUCAGCCCAUGGCUCAGAUCUUGCCCCCACCCUAUCACCCUUCCCAAGAGCCCGUGAUGCCACCCCACCCCCCUCCACCUGCCUGCGGCCCGCAGCCCAACUACCCGCCGCCACCUCCGCCCCCUGGCUCAGAGGGUUACAUGCAGGAGACUCAGUUCCACUGCGGGACCCUGCCAGCCCCGGCCCCAGGGGCCCCGCAGGGAUACACGGUGCAGACACAGGGGCCUGGAGGGACAGUACCCCAACCCCCAGCGGGGUACCUACAUCCUGGGUACCCGCUACAGCUGCAGCCCUGCACUGCCUAUCUGCCGGUGUAUCCCAUUGGAGCAUCAGGGCAGACCUACCUGCAGGGGAAUGCAGCUCCCCCAGGUGUUGCCCCAGGGCAGGUGGCAAUGCAGAUGCCCCCAGGGGUUGCCCUGAUGGAGCCCCGCCGACCCCCUCAUGACUACCUGCCCAUCGCCGUCCUCACCACGGUCUGCUGCUUCUGGCCCACGGGGAUCAUUGCCAUCAUCAAAGCAGUGCAGGUGCGCAUGGCCGUGGCCCGAGGUGACAUGGUGUCGGCGGAGAUCGCCUCGCGGGAGGCCAGAAACUUUUCCUUCAUCAGCCUCGCGGUGGGCAUCGCCUCCAUGGUCCUGUGCACCAUCCUGACCGUGGUGGUCAUCAUCGCCUCCCAGCACAACGACGACGACUGGGAGCCUUAAGCACAAGGAGGGCGCCGGACGGAGUGGGUGGAGCCGUGAAACAUACUGCGCAGUGGACCAGCCAAUCACGUACCGAGAUGCUAAUUAAGACGCACGCUCAUUAGCGGACACCCUUUCUGUCCCCGAGUUUCACCCCCUCCCUCAGCUGUGGGACCACUCUUCCCUAACCCCCCCAUCCGAGGUCUACGCUCUAAGCAUUUCCAUGUUUGCCAAAUGUAUCAUAAUGCAUAACUUACCUACAGAGCAGUAUCAUAUUUAUGUUAUAUAUGAAAUUAUUGCAAGCUAGAAACCCGUACGAUGUGUUUUUUCUGUUAAUGUUAAUUUAUUAGCCGUAUUGCUGUCAUUGAUCGUACUUGUGUUUAUUUACUUUGGAAAUACGUGCCAUGUACCUUUUCAUAUAUUCGGGUUACCUUAGAGUAAUUAUGGUUCUCAUAUGACAUUUUGACUAUAAAUACGUAUUUAUUGAUCUCUAAUGACGUUUCAUGAAAUACAUAGUAGGUAAGUGAAAUGGACAGAAGUGGGAGAGGACCACAUGUAGAUGCAGAGAUGGGGGGAAGAAAAAUGUCGAGAGAGCUGAUGUGGCGUCGACGUGCGGGUGCGAGAAGCGGCCGGCGGACGGGUCGCUCUCUCUGGCGCGUCGCCCGCAGGAUCCGCGUCCCCGCCGAGUCGCUACGAGGAACGCGUCCGUGUCAGCGCGCGUCUAGCGAAGCGCCGCAUUAACGGCUCGCGCCCGCCAGCCUUGGAGGCGUUGGGCCUCGGGGUCUCGAACCCUUACGGCCCUCGUUGUAGAAGCUGGGUGGUUUAGCGGGAGAACCAAGCAACCGGGCACAUGUCAGUGCUGCUCAACCAACCACGAAAUUCACGCGGCACACACGCUGACUUUGGCUCACACACACCUCGCCAGAUGCGCGUGCGUCAGCGUCGGGCCCCCCGGUUAGACCACGGCGCUCUAAGAAUAAAUCCACAAGCGCUUUCGCUCCGACUGCGCAAUUUUUCGCAUCGAGAAAGGUUUCGGCCUCGGCGGGUCGUUACUCGCGCCGAACGAUAAUUUCCAGCCCGUCCGUUUGUUGCACGGCCUUCUGGGAGUUCGUUUUUAACCCUUUAUGAACGGGGUCAAAUUCAUUCCUGUUCCGUUUGGGCUCCGCUCACUGCUGUCGUCCUCGGGGGCAAAGAGCGGCCUGUUUCGGGGCAGCGACUCCGAACGGAUGAACGAUGGAGCAACCAAAGGAAACGUUAAACAAAAAUCCUUCCCUUCAUUAGUGUUUCCAGCCCUCCGAUGCCCUGGGUUCCACGUUCCGUUCGUCCUCCACUCUUUACUGUUGUUUGUCACUCUCCUCCUUUUUAUCUCUAUUGUUACAAGUGGCUCUCGCAAAACGGUAAGAUUUUAAUUGAUGCUAUUUAAAAAAAAAAAAAAAAAAAAACAUUAGGAAUC